AUGGCACACUCUCGAACGGUAGGCUGUGGGCUGACCUGCGUGUGGGCUAGCAUCGUGCAGUCUGGGCUGUAUCAGACUGGUGGUGGUCUCGUCCGCGUCAAGGAAGGAGGUGAAAUACUGGACGUGAUCGGCUUCGGUGCCAACGGCAUCAAGAACUCGGUGUUUGCUUGUCAGUUGGGCACGGACUCCGAUGGCAAAAAUCAGCUCUUCUUCAUGGAGGCGGCCACGUCGUACGACCACCUCAUAUGGAAGGACGGCCCCGAGGCGGCCCGAAAAAACGGUCUGUUGCGUGUUAUCGAGGUGAAGGUCGGCCCAGCGGUUGUUCCAGGCAACGAUGGCUACUGCGGCGGAUACUGCUGA